AUACACUUUUAUUUUGUAGGCAAAUUCGCAUCACAUUCUUGCUAAAUCUGGGCGAUUAAACUCUUCUGGUUCAACCUGCAGUCGGAAGGGAAAAGAAGCAAGUUCAAAUGGAGCCCAAAAAGAAGUUGAUAAACUCAGCAGACAGCUGUGUGGACGAGGCUCUGUGUGGCCUCGUGAGAGCCAGUGGGGGCCUGUCUCUGCUGAAGGGCCACAGAGUUGUGCUUCGGUCCGACCUGGACAACCUGAGGGGCAAAGUGGCCCUGCUGUCUGGAGGGGGAUCGGGACAUGAGCCGGCACACGGGGGUUAUCUCGGUGCAGGUAUGCUGUCAGCAGCUGUAGCAGGUGGAGUAUUUGCUUCUCCACCUCCUGCCAGCAUCCUGGCUGCCAUUCUCUCCUUGCACAAUGCAGGAGCCUCCGGAGUCCUUCUCAUUGUGAAGAACUACACCGGCGACCGCCUCAACUUUGGAUUGGCUGCAGAGCAGGCCCGUAACCACGGCGUCACUAUGGACAUGGUGAUAGUUGCCGAGGACUGUGCCUUCGACCAACCCAGUAAGGCCGGGAGGAGAGGCUUGUGUGGUACCAUCUUCAUACACAAGCUGGCAGGUGCGUUAGCAGAAGAAGGCUGCUCAUUGGACCAGAUUGUUUCCAAGGUGACGGAAGUUUUGAAGGGGAUCGGCACACUGGGGGUGAGUCUGUCUCCGUGCAGUGUUCCAGGCUGCCUACCUUCUUUUGACCUGCCGCCAGGAGACAUGGAGCUGGGACUGGGGAUCCACGGUGAACCUGGAGUUAAAAGGUCCAAGGUGGCAUCUGCAGAUGAGGUGGUGAAGACAAUGAUAGAUCACAUGACCAACCCUGACAGCCAAUCACACCUGCUUCUUAAGUCAGGAGACAGCGUGGUUGUGUGCGUGAACAACCUCGGCGCUCUGUCUUGUCUGGAGAUGGCUGUGAUUACCAGAGCGGCCAUUAUCUGUCUGGAGAGCCGCGGUGUGGUGGUUAGCAGAGUGAUGUCCGGGUCGUUCAUGACAUCACUGGAGAUGGCGGGAGUGUCGCUGACCCUGAUGAGGGCCAACCAGGAAACACUUAGACUGUUUGAUGCUAAGACCAGCGCCCCCGCCUGGCCAAAUCUCAGCAGUGUGUGCGUAAGCGGACGCAGCUACAUCACAAAACCUCAAGCCAUGAGCACACAGCCACAUGACGACACACACUCUGAAGGGCCACUGAGUCCUGUGAUGCGUAAAGUGUUAGAGGUGGUUUGUUCCACGCUGUUGGAAAAGCAGGAAGAACUCAACUCCCUGGAUCGUGCUGCAGGGGACGGAGACUGUGGGAACACUCAUGCACAGGCAGCUAGAGCCAUUCAGGAGUGGCUCCAGGAUCAUGUGGUCCCUGGUUGCCCCGGGCAACUGUUAUCAGUCCUUGCUGGAUUGGUGCAGGAGAAGAUGGGCGGGUCUUCAGGAGCGUUGUAUAGUCUGUUCCUGACUGCAGCAGCUGGUCAUGUGACUGAGGGGCGGAGCAACCCUGCAGCCUGGGCUAGUGCAAUGCAUGCUGGGACACAGGCCAUGAAGAGGUACGGUGGUGCUGACACUGGAGACAGAACGAUGUUGGAUGCUUUGUGUCCUGCUGUGGAUGAGCUGAUGAAGCUAACCAUCGCGCCACCUGGGGGGCCGAUGGCUGUACUACAGACUGCUGUGCAGAAAGCGGCCACGGGGGCAGAGUCCACCCGUAACCUCACAGCGAAGGCGGGGCGUGCCAGCUACAUCGCAGCAGAGCGGGUCACCCUGCCCGACCCCGGUGCUGUGGCUGUAGCCGCCAUCUUGAGAGCUGUGCUGGAGUCGCUGGAAGGGCAGAAGUAAUCCAGCAAAUAGUAUCUGAGCAGAUUGUUAGUAUCAUGAGACUAUUACUACCAGAACUACACUAUUAUGCCUCAAUAACAAAAUUAUGUGACUAAAUGUUCUCUGUGAUUUUUACCACUUUGAAGCACAUGUCAAGUUUUUGCAAGCUAAUUUUCAUACUAUACGUGCAGUAAAGGAACAGAAACUGGGUGCCUGACCAAAAACAUAUCUAAAAGCUGACAGUGUGCUUUGGGAAAUCAUCAGCAGUGAUGUAAAGUAUACACAAGAUUUAGUAAAUGGGGGGAAAAAACAAGGGAAAAAAACAUUGGUAUGGUCCUUUUUUGAAAUCUGACUAACAAGCUCAGAAAUACUGUAAAUCCAAUCAAAGUUUAGCAGGGGAGUUUUGUACUGCAUAAGUGGAAUCACAAAUUUAACAUUCCUUAUUAAUACUAAUGAAAUACAAUAGAGAACAAUAAAUACACAGGGAUUCAUGUUAGUGGUGUUUGUAUAGACAUUUCUAAAGAUACUCAUAACUAGAUUUUCAGAGGUAAUAUAGGGACAACUAGACAUCACAUAUAGGGUGUACAGUAUGUACGACAUUACUAAUCAAAAGCCGAUGAUUUGAUUUGACUGAACACCUUUUCAUGUGAGUUUUCUAAUUAAAAGAGUGCUCUAAUGGUUUAGGGACAUGCGAGAGACAAAUUUGAAUAAAUAAUGGUCAAAAUUGAAGCAGCAGAGGCAAAGAUAUCUUUCAGAAAAGCUCAGAAAAACACUUGAUCCUACAUUUCCCAUAAUACAACUUGAUAGCAUGUUUUAUCAGACCCUCCCUGCCUGGUGAACAUGAAUGUCUUUCAAACAAAUAGCCCCCAGUUUGUAACACAGACUGACGAGCAAACUGCUCUCUGUGUAAAAUGCUCCUCUAAGACUAAUAAUAUAUUCUGAUUUGCUUUUAAAUCUAGUUUCUCUUUUGUGUUCCAUUGUGUAGCAAAUGCUGUACAUGGACUGAAUGCACUUUCUUGAUACAACAGUGUUAAUUGUAACUAAUAAAAUAACUAUUAUACAGUAUAUAAUAUACUAACAAAG